AUGUUCAUCGAGAUCACACUUCUUCUGGCGCUUCUGGCUUUACUGUUAUUAUCAUUCAGGAAGCCGACGCGUAUGCCACCAGGUACUUUCGGGUGGCCGGUUUUAGGAGAGUUGCCGCCACGUUCAAUUCCCAUCACCGAACAUUUGAGGAACCUCAAGAAAAAGCGAGGGGAUAUUUUCACGACGAAGUGGGGCUCUCACCGCAUCGUGGUCGUCACCGACUACAACCUCAUCAAGAAGGCGUUCAAUCAUCCAGACAUCCAGGGACGCCCGGCAUUCUUCUCGUUUGAUAUGUUCAUCUACUUCAAAAAUGCUGGUAUAGUGAGAAGCCAUGGUUCAGUGUGGACCGAGAACCGGCGGUUCAUGUUGCGCCACUUGCGUGAUCUCGGUAUGGGCAAAACAGCGCUCGAGGGCUCCAUUCAACAAGAGGCCGAGAUGCUGGUGGAUCACUUGGAUAAAACCUGCGUCGGCAAGCCUGCCGUCAUGGAUCACUCCAUCAACUGUGCUGUGGUCAACGUCAUCUGGCAGAUGCUCGCAAGCAAGCGAUACGACGUUGAGGACAAGUUGAUGCUGUGGUACAGCGGCAUGAUUGAAGAAAAUUUUGCCAUAGUCCAGGGACGUGUGUUUCUUAUCGACGUGUUUCCUUGGCUGGCCACAGUUCUGCCCUCUUUCAUCCUAAAUAAGUUUUUCAAAGUUGAUGUUCUCUGUAGGAAUCGAGACGAGAUCCAGUCGAUGUUCAAGAAAUUUAUUGACGAUCACAUGGCGACCCUUGACCCCAACAACCCUCGUGACGUCAUCGACCAGCUGCUGCUGGAGCGCGCCCACAGAGAUGCCCCUGACUUCCUCACUUCUGAAGACGAAUUAGACGUAACGAGCAUAAUGGGCGACAUGUUCGUUGCUGGCUCUGAGACCACCUCAUCAACUCUGCGUUGGAUGAUACUUUACAUGGCCAUCAAUCCUGAGAUUCAAGCAAAAGUUCAUGAACAUUUGGACGCCGUGGUUCCUAGUGAUCGUCUGCCAUCACUUAACGACAGAAAUCAACUGCAGUACGUAGACGCCAUGUUGCUGGAGGUCAUGAGGCUGAGCUCCCUCUUGCCCAUCGGCCUGCUGCAUACGGCCACCGCUGACGUCACCUUCGAGGGCUAUGACAUACCGAAAGGCACGUCGGUUCUCGCUUGUGCCGAAAUGUGCCAUCGCGAUCCCGCUUAUUGGAAGCAUCCUGACAAGUUCUAUCCGGAACACUUCCUCGACGACGAAGGGAAACUCGAUGGGAAAAAAGAAGGAUUUCUACCUUUCUCUCUUGGGCGCCGCCAGUGUCUCGGGGAGUCUCUGGCUCGCAUGGAGCUCUACCUCUUCUCGACGGCCAUCUUGCAGCGCUUCACUAUAGAGCCGCCGGAGGGCGUCACGCUCUCGACGGAAACUGAUCCGUCGCAGAUGAUCUUCAACUUUCCAAAGCCCUAUGAAGUGCUCUUGAGAAAGAGAAUUUAAACGGAAUUGUGGUCUGGUACUGUUGACAUGACCGAACCGAAAACUUGACGUAAUCUUAGCUUCUGAAGUAUAACUUUCGUUCAGGAAAUUAGCAGAAAAAUCCGUCUUUCAUGGAUCAUUUUGAUACGUUCAUUAUUAUCAUAUAUAAAUCAAAGUAGCU